AUGAUCACCGCGUUACCGGUACCUUCGGUGAAGGUCUUUCACAAGACCUACUACCAGGAGAAGAGCUCGCGGAUAGGAAACAGCCAGCCGGGUAGCCCGCUGGCGGAGAGCGAGGCGGUGCUAGAUAAGGAACCUCCGGAGUACUAUUUCUGCGGAAAGGUCAAUUCGCUGUACGUCGUCGUCGGCUCGCUGUUGCUGGGAGCGGUGGUGCUGGUCGUCGGUCUGGUUCAACUCGCGCCGGGCGCGGAGGCAGCCCGGAACUCGGCGGCCCUGAUCGCCACCGGAAGCGGCCUCCUCGUGAUAGGGGUGUUCCUCGCGCCCCUGCGAGCCGUCUGCAUCAGGAAGCAGAGCGCGGCCCAGAAGGACGGCACCCAUCAGCGCAGCGUCACCAGCAUAGACAUGCUGCUGGCCCAGCACAGGGACUUCACGGUCCUGACGCCCGACGAGCUCGAGGACCUCGUGGGCCGGCCGGCGUCCAACAAUCUGGAGAACAAGCCGCACCGGCAGGGCCACAACACCUAGGUACCGAUCGCCUCGAGGAGGGCACCGCCUUCCGCGUCGUCAUCGUCCCCGCCGUGCUCGAGCACCACCACGCCGCCGUCGUCCGCCGCGUCGCCGCCAGGACCAAGCUCCUCCAUUCUCUACACGCAUCGUUACGAUACGCGCGAGCAUAGUUUGGUUUAAAAUCGAUGUGCACAUCACACCCGCCGCCGUCAUUAGCGUUUAGGGCCGCAAGGGCCUCCUCACGCAAAUUUUCUAACGCGUGCACCGCGCAGCCGAGGGUCCCGCGAGUGGGACAAGGGUCUUUUCGGGAAGGGGGUAGGCUUAAAGAAACGUAAAACUCGUCGCCGCGAGCGAGGAGACUAGCCGAUGCACGACACGUAGAUUUCAUCGUUUCACCAAAAAUAUUCCGACGACGAUUCAGAGAGGCUUCGUUGAUUCAACCCGCCGUCGAGCCGAAUCACGUGUGCGAAACGGUUUUUACAGAUGCGUGUGUAUACGAAUUCGAAAUCUCAUAAGCGUCUUUGAGAAACAUAUGCUUUGUAUUUUACGUAUCGCUUGCACGUAUUUUGCAUUCUCUCGAGCGUAAAAAUUAAAUCUCCUGCGGAACACGCUCUUUUUCUGUUCUCCGGAAUGUGACUGUCAAGGAUACUUUCAAUUGCAAACGCUUUGCGGUUUGAUUACUGAAAUUUUAACAAUGAUAUUUCCACGCUGCAGAAAAAUAUAUACUUUAAUCUUUAAUAUCUCUAAAAAAAUGUUUUAGUCAAUCUGUAAUGACGGGUGUGUUAUUUUCUCAAAGACUAAAUUGUGUUCAAUUCACGAAUGAAUGAAGUACGAUACCGAGUAACUUCGUCGCGAAUCUUCAUCUCGAUUUAAGUAUAGAUACAUACAUAAAUAAAUAAAUAUAUAUAUAUAGCGUUGUAUAAGACACACUUACGAUAGGAUUUGAAAAUUUUCGCGAUUUGUUAUAGGGCGAUAAAGAGGAAAAGACGAGAUCGCGCGCGUAAAGAGGAUCUUCUCGCAAGUCUCGCGAAUACUUGUGUGUUCGUUAAAUAUUGAAAAAUGCCGUCUUAUACGGAGGUAUGCGCGAUAUGUAUAGCCCCGUGUCGACAGGCCACGUAUAAUGUCAAGAUCAUUUGCGGGAGGAAAGGGUAAAACGACACAAUAAAUCGGGAUUGGAUGAGUAACGACGAACCUCACGAGCAAUGAAACAUACCGAGAUCGAUAUAAUACGCUUGUACAAAGUGGCGUGCAAAAAGUGGGAAUCAGCAGAGCGGGUGUGCACGUUCGUAUGCGUGUGUGUGUGUAUGCAUUGAGUUUCAAAGUCCUCGGCAAAAAUUUGUGCGCCAGGCGCAAUUAGAUUUCUCUCACCUUCGAAACUUCUGAGCUUCUAAUUGUUCGUCCGGGAUACGGGACCUUGAUUUAUAAAUUCUCCGUCGAAAACGAGGUCGCCGCGAGGCCGCGAGAAUGCCCGAGUAUGCUGAUCUCUACCUUUUGCGCGAACCAUUAUAUAUAGACGCGGACGUUCAGGAUGGGUAUCGGAUAUCGAAUCAACAACGGUCUCUCUCUCCCUCUCUCUCUCUCGUUAGGGAAACGAGAAAUCUGAUAUUUAUCCUGGCCGCAGCGAGUUUAUCGAUCCCAUCUUUGAUAGAGCGUCUCCGGCUCGGGGGUUUCGAUUCUUUAGGGGGCGGAAGUUAUUAUUUCGUGGCCGAGAAUGAGAAAGUACGCGGAAAUUACGCCUAACGUAGAAAUAUAAAUCAAAAUACAUAGGAGACUAAUGGAUAAGUGAUUCCGAUCCGCAUUUAUUCACUUUGUACGCUAAAAGAGGGUAUCGUUUAGGUUUAUUCUUAAAAAUAUUCCGUAAGAUUAUUAUCGUAAAACAGGCAGAUUCUAACAUAUUCAUGCGUUUGACCAUUGCAAACGCAAUCUCGUCAGAUUGCACUGUUUAAUUGGGAAUUGACAAAUUGACACCCAACAAAAUACACUCGAUACGUGUCUGUUAUAGAAUUUACAAAAUCGGUUGAAACUUCGGUUGAAACUUUGGUUGAAAGUAACGAUAUUGUCUAAGUCUCGAGCUUCUUGUGUAAGGGUAUUAAUUUCGAGCGAGCGAAAUGCAGCUUCUCUCGAAGAGGAAACAUAUCUACCGAGACGGCUACGAGUAGAGAUAUAUUUUUAUCAUAUCAUUCUAGCGAAUACGCGCGAAGGAGGGAGACGGCGAUUAAGAGAUUAAAAAAAAACUGUCCACUGUUUAUCAAUUAAAAAAAAAAAGGUUUGCAUUCGCCGUAAGAUUCCUAUUGAAUGUUUGCCUUAAUUUCUGACGACUAUAGAGAUCGCCAUUAAACAUUAACAAUAAAUUCUAUUUGAGAAAUUCUAGUCGCGGGCGAGGGAAAAGCGCGGUUUAAUCAUAUUUUAAAGUUCAACCCUUAAAUUCGGUGUAUUCGAACACCGUUCGUCGCGCGACCGAGGGAGAAACCCUCGCCAGGAUAUCAUUUGCUGCGGUAGGACUUGAACGCGACCUUUUCGGGCGAGGUGCAACAGGAAGAGAUGAACCCGCGGAUAUAUUAUCAGUUAACAACAAUGAAAUGUUACAUUUGGAAGAGGAGCUCGGAAAUCCACCGGGUGAUUCCGCGUCUGAAAAAGUUAACACCACGGUGUUCCCAGUUGCACGAAAAGAUCGGACGUAAUUUUAAGAGAUUCAACGCACAGAAUUAGCCGUAAGCAUUUUUAUAAUGGUGUUCUAUGUAUAUUAAUACUAUUGCUAAUACUGUUACUCGUCACACUCACACAAACACGAACAAACGAACAAACAAACGAACAAACAAACAAACAAACAAACAAACUAACUAACUAACACACACACAGAAACACAGCCCGAUUGUGAUCCGGCCGCGAAUCGGUCGGCGGAAGUGUUCUUCGUACAUGUUGAAAUCAUCAUUCCUAGGACUGAAUAGUAAACACGCGCCUAGCCUUGUACAUAUACGAACGUUUGUAACGCGAGAACAAAACAGAAAAGAAGACAAACCGGGAUCGGUGAUGCAACUGAUCUUUUGAGACGAGAUUUGCCGAUUUUUAAUUAACGUUUAAAGCAGAUCGUGCGAAGAUCUUUCGCGGAAACAUCCGUCAGCCGCGAUUGCAGCGUUUCUCUAGAAUCAACGCAUCUCAUAAAUAUAUCGCCGGAUUUGUUUGACCGUGAAGAUAUAACGGUCGAUCUUCGGGAUGUUCGUUCCAACUAAAACAAGUUCGUUAUUUCCAGGAAACACGAUCGUCCGUUCGAUUGACGUAAAUUGAUGAUUAAUCGAGGAAAUUUUUAAUGGAAUUUCUUACGUUGGCGCUCUCGAAAGUGGAUUCAGCCACGUGUCAAUUUAAUUUUAUCGAGUUCCAACACGUGGACUCUAAAACGCCUAUGAGACUAGCCGAGACGCUGCAAUCGCGUCGCUGUCUCGCGUCGCACGAAGAAAAUAUCUCCGUAUCCGUGCUGCAUAUAAAAAUGCAUCGCUUAAUCUUAUGACGUAACAGUAUAAUAUCGUAUCGAGAAAGUUUUACCGGAUAAGACUUAGACUUUAAUAAGGUAGCGCGUAAAUGUAAGAGGAAUGUUAUAUCGUGAAGCGUUCGCGAUGACGCGGUCAUCAUUGUUGAGGCUGGCCGUCUUGGGGCGAGAUAAAAAGGGGAUGCGCGAUCUUUCGUUAUUUUAUUCCGUAUUGCUGCUGCAGUAACGCAUAGUUUUACUGCGAAAUUGCUAUUUAUAUACGAUAACGAUUAUAUGUAUAUAAUAUAUAUUAUAUAUAAUAUUAUGUUAUAUUAUAUAUUAUAAUAUUAUAUGUAUAUCGGUGAUGCGGUGUCAUACGUCAUAAUGUAUUCGAGUCACACGGGGUUUUCGACGUGAGGGGCACCGAACCCCAUCUAUCACUGCCAAAGAUUCAUCGUAAAGCAAGAAAUGCGGACGUCAAGGCAAUCACGAAGAACGUCGGCUAAAAACAGUAAAACCGCGGCUGCGUCAAUCGAAACCUCAACAAUAUGUUCCGCCAUUGUGAACAUGUCGAAGACAUUUUGCGUAUAGAACAGCUAUGAAAUAUACGAUAUAUUAUACAUUACAGAUAUUUUAUCGGGAACAUUUUGACUUGCUUAAAAAGUUGCGUUGAUCCGUAUAUUUUGUAAGCGAAGAUUAUCAAUAGCAGUUAUAUAUAAUAAAUAUUACUACUACGAUACCUAUGUCGCCGCGAUCAUUAAUUAUACCUCGAAUCUCCUCCUUCAAUCUCAGCAACACUAGAAAAAAAAUAUUAAAUAUAUAUUUAUAAAAUUAGUCCGUAUGAAAAUCUAUGAAAUUAAUCUAUAGGUCUAUAUCUAUAAAAAAAAGGCAAGAUUUGUCGCUCAAAAAUCGCGUGGAAACGCGGAAGCAAUAGGAAA